AUGGCAUACGGAGGUGAGCCGUGGUAUAAGCCCAAUUAUUGGCAAAAAAGGACCUGGUUGAUAGUCGGUGUGAUUGUCGCCAUUAUCCUCGUCAUUGUGAUUGUGGUGCCCGUCGAGGUCACCAAGGCCAAUCGGUACCCCAAUUACUCAAAGCUCGAGUACUCGCUAGCUGACGAGUACUCUGGAUCCAAUUUCUUCGACAACUUCGAUUACUUCAUAGGAUACGAUCCAGCACAGGGAUUUGUACACUACGUUCCCAGAGAACAGGCGACGGCGCUGAACCUAACUUAUGCUUCCGAGAGCACCGCCGUGUUGAGAGUCGACACAAGUGUUGGUCCCGGUUCAGAACCCGAUGCAUCAACAGGUCGUUUCUCGGUGCGCGUCGAGUCUAAGAGACAGUAUGAUAACGGCCUCUUCAUCUUCGACGUCAAGCACACCCCCUACGGCUGUGGCACAUGGCCGGCGCUAUGGUUCGUCGACCCAGGCAACUGGCCUGACAAUGGAGAGAUCGAUGUCAUGGAGGCCGUGAACCAGGCCACCGACGGCAACCAGAUGACGCUGCAUACGACCAAGGGAUGCUCCGUCGGCGGCGUCAAGCGGAAAAUGGUCGGCUCAUCGCUGCAAGGUGACUGCCACAACGCCACCAACAACAACGCCGGCUGCGGCGUCGACGGUCCUACGGACUCAUUCGGCGAGGGGUACAACGCCGCUGAUGGUGGCAUCGUGGCCAUGGAGUGGCGCGAUCAAGGCAUUCGCAUGUGGCAAUUCGGACGAAACGCCGUCCCGGCCGACAUCACAUCCAAGCAACCGGAUCCCAGCACAUGGGGCGAGGCGGCCGCCGACUUCCCGAAUACAGACUGCAACAUCGCCUCGCAUUUCCGCAACCAGAGCAUCAUCGCUAACAUCGAUCUGUGCGGGCAAUACGCCGGCGGAGUAUACGCGCAGAGCGGAUGCCCGAGUAACUGCACCGACUACGUCGCUAAUAACCCGACGGCCUUCGAAAACGCCUUCUGGGAAUUCGGCGCCUUCGAGAUCUAUCAGGCGAAAUAG